AUGUCUCAAUUCAAUUAUCUCCCUAACUCACUUCCUUCGGCUACCUUCAAGAUGCGCGCGAAUCCUGGUGGCAUCUAUGACCGCCUUGCAAAAUCGUUCACGGAAAUGGGCCCUAUUGCACUUGCGAACGCUGAAAUUAACCAGGAUUUCUUUCCUCACAACUUUGGUGAAAGUUGGUCGAUGAAUUACUCUUACAGGGACUGCGACUCCGCCUUGUUCAGUGCCAACGUUUUUGGUGAAAUCGUGGGACAAGCUCACGGUACGUUUGUCGGCGCACAGGGUAAUCACUACGCUGGGAAAGAUCCUUCUAAUCCUACGGUAUUGGAUGAUUACACAAAAACGAAAUGCACCAUCGUCUUAGCUUGUCCUAGUUUUGCAACACCUCCCAUUACAAACCUAUUUUAUAACCAACUGUGCACAUUGGAUAGCGUCCGCGAUGAGGACAAGAAGGGUGAAAUUCGUUCCGGGCUUUCUGUGGAUGCUAAGGAAAUUGCUAAAUCUAUUCGUACUGGAGGCGAUUUGGACGCGAUCAUUCUUACUGGACCGGCUCUCUAUACUGUUUUGAAGAAGGGCAAAUCUAGUGGCAAAGACAACAAUAUCUCUGCCACCUCACCGCCCCGUCGGGCAUUAAAAAAACGAUCACUCGCUGCAGCUUCGAACGAUGAUAUGCCUCUCUUGCAGGAUACGUCCGAGACGCCUCUACCUACGGCGGAAAAACAUAUAGUAUGGCCCACUGCGGAAGAAAUUUUUGUUGGCGCCGAAUAUGAUCACCGAUUGAUGCCUGACUUUGGUGGUCCUGUUUUCGCGUUCGAGAAAGCAAGGCUCAUUCAACCAGAUUGGAGGGAUGUGAAUGGUGAUUUGAUACCACCGUGGCUUAAUCACAAGCUUCUGCGCCCCGGAACAUUGGUUGUUGCAAAUAUGAGCAUCCAAGUGUAUGUGAUGAUUUCGAAAAGUGGAGAUGGGAUGGUUCGGAAGAUUUAUCACGCCAUACUCAAUAGUCUCCGGGUUGUGGCGGUCUCUGAUGUCCUGAUCACGCCGCCUGUUCCGUUACUACACCGAACAUCCUUGCCUAGGCAAAACACGAGUCAAACGGCUGCCGCGCUCGCAUUGGCCGCCCUCAACUUCAACGUAGAACAGUCCAUGGGCGCAAGCUCAUCACUUGCAUCUUCCAAUACUCCGGGAUCCGACUCUACCGUUGACAGUGACAAUUUGGACACUGCUUGUGAUCGCGAAGUACUCAGCAUUUUGGCUUCCAGUACUUGGAUUGGAGAAAAUUUCGGCCUGAAACACCCCGCUUCGUGUGUCGACCGUCUCAGUCUAACGUAUCGGAAAAUCGUUCUACCAAACCACCUUCUUACUUUGAAACGCUCUUUGCACAAUAUCUCCGUUUUUCACGCUCAGUGGAACCUGUCUGCCCUUCGGUUUGCAAGCGUCAACCUCACCUUAGCUGAUUUGUUUCCUGGGGAAAUUCCUGCAUCAUUUCAAAAGCUCACGAAACUUUAUCUGACUUGUCAAGCAAAUCCAACAUGUCAGAGAUUGUGUACUAGGUUAACGUGUCAACUCUUCUCUUCGGCUCUAAAAUCUGUCACUUUCGAUUUGCAAGUGCCCGUCAAUCCAGUGGACUUCUCCACCUUGGCAAAAUUCAUGAUCAACAUCCAUUCGACGGCAACGAAUCUUCAUACUCUAAACCUGACCCUGGACAAUAGGCGGAGCCGUAGAUCAUAUCAGAUAUUGCAAGAUCUGUUAAAUUGCCCAACUUUCAUAUUUCUGCAACUUCAAAGGUUCUCCUUUCACGACACACGCUCCGUUUUCGAUGUUCGGGACUUCGUCAAUCGUCACCACACGUUAUUGUGGCUAUCGUUCGUGGCUACUGUAUAUCAUUUCGAAAACCUUGUAAUGGGUGCGACCGUACCUGAUUUGGUUGGUUUCGAGGGAGGUGUUGUGCACGCGACGCAAUUGCUGCAACAUCCUGGUUGUCGUAUCAAGUCAUUGCAUAUUGUCGGUCCUAGUCCUACUGCAAUAACCUGGUACGACUUCACAUCAAGGCUUCAUCUUAGCGAAAUUCGUUCUGUCACCGACAUCCAUCUUCGAGGCCAAGGAGGCUAUUUGUUCCGCCAUAUUAACGAUCUGACGGCUGCUUCGCCAGACAUUGAGGUUCUUUCGUUUGCUUUGUCCGACCUUUGGUCGGUGUGGCGUGUUGACCGUUUCGAGAAUAUUUUUAAGAUUAUCUUGUCAAGACUGCAAAAACUACGUUCACUAGUUGUCAUGGUCAGGCAUGGUUUGGGCGACGUCGGAUUGUCCUUGACCAAGGCUGUCGCUGAGUUACCUCAAUGUACACAGUUGAACUCAAUACGUUUGUAUGUAUUAUCCCGAGACCAUCGUUCUUUUGGUCCUUUGUUUAACUGGGGCGGCACCUGUUUGGGUUUCAAAGAAGUAGACUAUGAAAAGGAAUAUCGAUCAUUGGCUGACAGUUUUGAAUUCUGA